AUGGAGCACGACGCCAUUGAUCUUUCUCUGUUCGAAGACAGUACUGAACAGAAAUCUUGGGUUCCUGAAAUGCCACAUUACGAUCCAUCGUCUGGAUUGUACGGCAAUUUCAACCAGGGUGACUUCACUCGCGUGAGAAAUACAGCUUAUGAGUUGGCGGGAAAGGUUCAAAGACUGGAAACUAUUCGCCUUCUAAAACCGAUCACUACAACGACAGCCACUGGGGCAACUUGCGAAGACGAGUCAACCGUCCGUUAUUGUCUCCAAGAGUUCACCUGCAAUGAGUCGCCUGCUUAUGUUGCGCUCUCCUACGUCUGGGGUCCGGCGAACCUGAGCAUCGAUGAAUGCAUCAUUGUAAAUGACGUCAAAAGGACAAUACAUCGUAAUCUGUCAUUGGCGCUCCGAGACGUGGCAUCUUCUAUAUCCGGUGGGAACAGUGAAGAAGCCUGCGACUAUAUAUGGGUCGAUGCCAUCUGUAUAGACCAGUCUAAUAAUGCAGAAAAGGAACAGGUCGUGCCGCAUAUGGGUCAGAUCUUUUCCAGCGCGGCCCGCGUCUACGCUUGGUUGGGCCCAUUCAGUGACUAUGGCGCGUCUCGCUGCGAAAAGAUGUUGUCGUUCCUCGAAACUCUUGGGGUUUUGUUUUGGCAGCUUGCCAGGGAUAUAUCCCAGCAGCGAGAUGGUAACGCGCCACCUCUCCACGACAUAAUGGCGAGCUGCCUGCCCAGCCUGACCAAGAUGUUCGAUUCUUGUGUGGAUGAUCAGAUUAACCUGAUCAACUAUUUUAUGAGGGACUAUUAUCAAUUCUCAAAGCUCGAGUACUGGCGGCGUAUGUGGGUUCUCCAAGAGGUUCACCUUGCCAAGGAUCUUCGUUUUGUCUGCAACUUAGAACGUCGCUUUCCCUUACGACUCAUAACCGGGGGCGUGCUUCUCCUGGAGACAUUUCAACAGCAUGUCGUUGCAUGCGAGUCUUCGGCGCAAUCAUUGACAGCAUCGCGCCUCGCGCUGCGUCGUUUCGCUGUUACGAACCCAGCAUGUCCUGAGAUGCACCAGAUGCUGCUAUAUACCACCAUGUAUGGCCCAGCGGUCAUGUCAUUACGUCUUGCUAUGACCAACUUCUGCGUCAAGGAUCGCCCCUGGGGAUGCGUUGCUUCGAAUGCACCAGACAUGAUAUUCGGGCUCUUAGGUUUUGCCACAAGCCAAGAGCGAGAGUACAUAACCCCAGAUUAUGUGAGCUUGACCGACACGGUAUUCAAGGAUGUGACGCGUACAUUGAUCCUGCGCGGCGGCUUCACAGAUAUUCUGUCUUGGGCGCAACUUGGACGAGAUAUGAUUUGGAUGCCGACCUGGGUGCCUGAUUAUUCUUCGACUAUCCGAGAGAGUCUUUGUAGCCAACAUCAAGCGAAAUCAUGGUUGCCCAAGUUCAACGCCGGAGGAGCUUUAGAUUUCGAGUUCCCGCCGCAAAAGUCCGAAGAGGAUGUAUUGACGCUCUCUGGUACUAUAAUUGACACCAUAUCCUCUGUCGGCAGCAUUUGGCGCCCUGGUGUGGUCGAUCCAAAGAAAAUACACGAUUUACCACAAGCUGGCAAUAUCAUCUUCUCCAGCAACACGGCCCAGACCACGACUACACGUUUUGCCUCAUAUACGGACAUCCUGUCAUUUCUGCAGGAGGCCAAUAUGUUCUGUUCAAAGGCCGAAGCAUUGAGGUCAAGAAAAGAUAGUUCGGUCAAGGCUGAACCACUAGGCACAUUGACAAUCACACAAGCGCCAACCCAUCCUCCACCCACAAGGGAUGCCUCCUGGCGUGUCCCUUGUGCCGAUCAGCUGGUGGUGAAUGGGAGGCUGGUGCGUAGUGAUCCCGUGACACCACACCUCCACGCACUUACAUUGCAAACACUUGAGGCAAGCAAAUUAAGUUUCACAGCGGACGAUAGCGGUACUUCUCCUGUACCAUUUCCUAUUGAAUGCCGGCCCUACGUCGAAUCACUGCUUCGUUGGGUAGACAAGCGUAUCUUCAUCACCCAAAAAGGGUUUGUGGGGUUGGGCCCUGUGGGAAUAGCUCCAGGUUGUGGAGUGGCUGUGUUUGACGGUUUUGCCGCACCGUAUAUCUUGAGGAAAGAUGGAUGGAGGUGGCCGCAAGAUAAACCUUCCUCUCAGAAGGAUAUUGGAGUCAAUAGUACUGAUGAGAAGUCUGCGGCUGAGCCGCGAGUGCCGUAUGAGGUGUUUCAGUUAGCUGGAGAGGCAUAUGUUGACGGUUUCAUGGAUUGUGAAGUUGAGACCAUUGGAAUGGGGAAGCAGUUGAUUCAUCUCGUAUAA